GCAGCAUUUGUACUAACCGUUAGAUGUUAUGACAGUCCGGAUACUUACAAUGGGGAGGCACCCGUGGGUCGUCGGGCUGUGCCUUGCACUGCAUGUCGCGAUCUCAAGUGCUAUGGAUACUCUAGCCUAUCACGAAUUACCCAAUGCGGUGGCGACACGAACAAAAGACGCAUAUGACCAGCUGCGCGAGCUAUCCGACCGUGAAUCUUUCAUUCAAAGCCUUUUCGGCCGUGAUUGCUACUCGCAAGCGCUCCUCCAGGUCAACCGCGACUGUAACAGCAUGACAACAGAGCAACAGUACAAGCUAGCUCAUGCCAUGAACAUCUGCUUCCUAACCGCCAACGGCCACGCCGGUUACUCCUGCAGCCCGCGCAUGAGCCACCGGGAGUGCUCCGGGCAGCUGGACGACCGGGCCUUCGCAAGCUACAACACCUUUUUCACCAACAUACACAC